CCCAAUCUCUCGUGUAUUUUAAACCGUUAAAGUUUCAGCAUAAUCAAUGACCUACAAGAGAAAAAGAAGGCAGACAUGGGGGCUUUGCAGAUGGCCGGCCCUUUGUUGAUUUUACAGUCAACCUUGUAUUUAAAUCCCCAUACAAAACCCCUCAAUCUCUAAUUUCUGAAAAUAUGCUCUCAAUUAAGGGAUUCAAGAAAUUUUUUUAUCAGGGAAUGAAAAGCAGGAUGGAUAAACUCAACUCGCAGCUUUAUUGGCAGAACCACUGCAUAAUCAAAGAGAACGAGAGGUUGAGGAAGAAGGCUCAACAGCUGAACCAGGAGAACCAGGCUUUGUUGACCGAGCUGAAGCAAAAGCUAUCCAAGAAAGGACGUUCACAUCCAGACCAUGGCUCCUGUCUUUGCUCUACUUCGAACCCCAACUACAAUAAUGAACCACGUCAACCUUAAAACACCAUUAAUAGUCGAGAGAGCCGGCAUUUAUGUUUAUUUUAACCACAAUUGUUUUUGCUAUUGUCCAUGUAAUUUCGUUGUUAAGGUGGAAAAAAAAUAA